AGGAGACGAGGAACUGAUUAGUUUCCUCCAGUCAGCCUUUGAGUAGGAGUGUCUUCACCAGCGGAAGGGAAUGGGGAUACUAAUUUGAUAGCGACGUGACGUUUCAGGUGACCGACUGAUAUGACAGGUCAGUUUAUCUGACCGUGUGCGUCGGGUUAAGUAGCGGGUUGACGGGGUGUGUCGGGCCGGGUAACUGACGGUCGGCUGCCAGACGGUGAGUAGUGCCGGCGCGAUGGAGGCGGUGACGGCGCUGCUGGUGCUGCUGCUGCUGCUGCUGCUGGCCGGGCUGUGGGCGCUGGGCCCCAGCCGGCCGGCCAAUUUUCCACCGGGACCGCGGCCCUGGUCGUGGCUGGGCACGCUGCCCGAGCUGCUGCUGAUGGCGCGGCUCGGCCAGACGGCUGCCUUCGACCGCCUGGCGCGCCGCUACGGGCCCGUGUUCGGCCUGAUGCUGCCCGGCGGCCGGCCACUGGUCGUCGUCCGCGACUUCGCGCUCAUGAAGCAGGCGUUCGGCGAGCCGGCCUUCACCGGCCGGCCCGACAUCUUCGCCUUCAUCUACCGCGCCUUCAUGAAGAAGCAGGGCCUGGUGUUUGCGGAGGGAGAUCUGUGGACCGAGCACCGGCGCUUCGCCCUCUCCCAUCUGCGUCAGCUCGGGUUCGGUAAGCGCAGCAUGGAGCGGCACAUGGCUGACGAGUACCGUGGCCUGUCCCACCAGCUGCGUGCCGCCGCCGGCCGGCCGCUGCCACUCCGCGGACUGUUCGACGCGUCCAUCAUCAACGUCAUCUGGCAGGUGAUCGCCGGCCGGCGGUACGCGCUGGGCGACGGCCGGCUGGCCGAGCUGCAGGCCACUAUCGCAGAGCUGGUGAGCGUGGCGGGCGUGACCGUGCCGAUGAACGUGUGCCCGCCGGUGCGCCACCUGCUGCCACGCUGGUCCGGCUUCCAACUGGCCGACAACCACCGGCGCAAGGUGGCCGACAUGUUCGCCGAACUGGUGCGUGAGCAUGCAGAGACAUGGCGCGCCGGUCAGCCGCCCAGAGAUUAUGUGGACGAGUUCCUGACGGCGGCGGCCGAGCCGGGUGCCGCCGAGAGGGGCUACACGGAACAGAACCUGGCCGUGAUCGGCAUGGACCUGUUCUCGGCCGGCAGUGACACCACGUCGCACGUGCUCGGCUGGACGCUGCUGGAGCUGUCGGUGCGGCCGUCGUGGCAGCGGCGCCUGCAGCGGCAGCUGGACGGCGCCGUGGGCCGGCGCCGGCUGCCGCAGCUGGCUGACCUGCCGCGGCUGCCGCUACUGCGCGCCGUCAUCGAGGAGGUGCUCCGCCGACACACCGUGCUGCCGCACGCGCUGCCGCACUGCACGUCGUUUGGCGCCGCGCCGCUCGGCAGGUACACGGUGCCGCGCGGCGCGUUCGUCUACUCUGACCUGCGCGCCGUCCACAUGGACGAGACCCACUGGGAGGAGCCCGCCGCGUUCCGUCCGGACCGGUUCCUGGACGGACAGGGCCAGUUUCGCGCCGACGAGCGCCAUGUGGCGUUCGGUGUGGGACGGCGCCGGUGCCCGGCCGAGACGGUGGCGCGUCAGGAGCUGCUCCUCUUCACCGGCGGACUGCUGCACCAGUUCACCGUGCGACCCGGCGCGGAAGCCCCGCCGGCGGACGCGGACGGGCCGAGGAAGGAGGGUUUUGUCCACAUGCCGCCAUCGGUGAGCGUGGUGCUCGAGUGGCGCGAGGACGCUGACCUGACGGACCAGGAGCAGCCGACCGACUCGGCAGGCGGCCGCCACCUGCAGAUAACCAGCCCAGCUGCAGCUGACGGAAAGACGCGCUGCUGAGGUCCGAGUCACGCCUGGAGGCUCCCGCGUCUGCUGACCUGGCCAGAUAAACGGACUGAAAUUGACCUUACACGAGCUGAAGACACGGUGUGAGGCUUGUGGGGCGUAUUAUGUAUAACUUGUUACAGUUGUGCUUGAAUUAAAAUAUUUUCGUAAGUUGGCCAAAGUCGGCGUCAGCUAGGAUAACGAACACGACUGAUCGAGCGCUCUGUCGUGAAUUGUAGCGGGAUAUGCUACACAAUACACAUAACUUAUA